AUGCCUGUCAUGCGCCGGGCAGUGUCUACUGCUGCCGUCAGUACGGGCGUCAUGGUGUCACACGAAGAGCCUCUUCGACCCUCCUUUAGAGACUACGAUACCUUGUCACCGGGACGACAACGACGACACUCAUGGUCCACAAGGCCGUGUACGAUAGAGGCAGAGAACUUCCAGGUCUUGCUCCGCAACUUCCUGGUUGAGCUCAAUUGCAGACUAGAUUUCCUAGAAUCCUACGGCCAUAUCAAUUAUGACGCUGGCGUCGAAUACGCAUACAAUACUCUCCUUGCCGUUCGUGACUCGUGCUCAAAGAUAUCAGAUGGCGCAAUCGAAGCUGGCCGGCGGCAAGCCUCUGUCUUUGUCGAAACAGUCGAGGAGCGUUACAAAGAAGCCAUGGAGAAAAAAGAGACGUUAGGAGAAAAAGUCCUAGAAGGCAUCAUGCUAAUGGAAUCUUAUCUGACGGAAUUCGAAACACGCGCAUACGCGGUAAAAGAUAGCUCAAUAAGUACCUAUGCGCACGAGUUCUACGAGGAGGGGCUAAGGAAGAUGGAUGAGGGGUUCGAAAAAGCAAAGGAAGUGGUGGACGGUGGAUUGGACAAGGCGCGGAGAGCAAAGGAGACGAUCGAAUUGACGAUCGAACACGCAGUUCAAAAUGCACUCGCACGCGCAAAGGAACAUGGCCUAAUCCGCUACGACGACCUCCCCGAGCCCUGGAGAGUGAACCCACAUAUUCUCAAAGGCUACCGCUUCUCGGAAGGAAAGUGGGCAUGUGUGCGGUCCGUUGUCACCAUCCACAACGAGCUCGUAAACAUCUGGUCGCAUUUCCUCGGCCUUUUGAUGGUACUCUCUUUGGCCUUUUAUUUCUACCCCUCAAGCGUCAACUUUAGCAUGUCUACCAAAGCGGACAUUUUUAUCGCCGCCGUUUUCUUCUUCGCGGCUUGCAAAUGUCUCGUCUGCUCGACUAUCUGGCACACCAUGAACAGCAUCUCGCACCAAACACUGCUCGAACGCUUCGCCUGCGUCGACUACACUGGAAUCUCCAUGCUCGUCGCUGCGUCCAUCAUGACCACCGAGUACGCGGCCUUCUACUGCGAACCCGUCUCCCGCUGGUCCUAUAUGGGAAUGACAGCCUUUCUCGGUAUGGGCGGCGUUAUCCUCCCCUGGCACCCAACUUUCAAUCGCGCAGAUAUGGCCUGGCUGCGCGUCACCUUUUAUGUCUCUCUUGCGUGCACUGGAUUCGUUCCGUUUGGUCAAUUGGCAUACACGCGCGGCCUCGACUGGGCACAGUAUUUCUAUGCACCCAUCACCAAGAGUAUGGUUGUGUAUUUCACCGGCGCGUGUCUGUAUGCGUGCAAAGUGCCUGAGCGCUGGUUUCCAGGAAGCUUCGAUUAUAUUGGCUGCUCGCAUAACAUCUGGCAUUUCGCUGUACUGGGGGGUAUCGUCUUCCACUACACUGCCAUGCAAGCCAUGUUCACUUCGGCCCUGACGCGCGCGCAGACGAGCUGCUCUGUUUAUUAG